ACGCCCCCUCGCAGCUCCCUCCGCUUCCGGCCCGCGGGUCCGGCCAGUGUGCGCGUCCGGCGGCUGCAGGUUGGAUGAGGCAGGCGCGACUCAUGAAGGUGUUCGUGACGCGCAGGAUCCCCCCGGAGGGCAGGGCCGCGCUCGCCCAGGCCUCGGACUGUGAGGUGGAGCAGUGGGAUUCAGAUGAGCCCAUCCCCACCAGGGAGCUGGAGCGGGGUGUGGCGGGGGCCCACGGGCUACUGUGCCUCCUCUCUGACCGUGUGGACAAGAAGCUCCUGGACACCGCAGGAGCCAAUCUCAAAGUCAUCAGCACACUGUCUGUGGGUGUUGACCACUUGGCUUUGGAUGAGAUCAAGAAGCGUGGGAUUCGAGUGGGCUACACCCCAGAUGUCCUGACAGAUGCCACAGCAGAACUCGCUGUCUCCCUGCUGCUCACUACCUGCCGCCGGUUGCCUGAGGCCAUCGAAGAGGUGAAGAAUGGCGGCUGGACCUCCUGGAAGCCGCUGUGGAUGUGUGGCUACGGCCUCACAGAGAGCACCGUGGGCAUCAUCGGGCUGGGGCGCAUAGGCCAGGCCAUCGCUCGGCGUCUGAAGCCAUUUGGCGUGAAGAGGUUUCUGUACACGGGACGCCAGCCCAGGCCUCAAGAAGCAGCAGAGUUCCAGGCUGAGUUUGUGCCCACUGCCCAGCUGGCCGCCGAGUCUGACUUCAUUGUUGUGGCCUGCUCCCUAACGCCUGCCACCAGGGGCCUCUGCAACAAGGAUUUCUUCCAGCUGAUGAAGACAACGGCGGUGUUUGUCAACAUCAGCAGGGGAGACGUGGUCAACCAGGAUGACCUGUACCAGGCUUUGGCCAGUGGCCAGUUUGCAGGAGCGGGGCUAGAUGUGACCACCCCAGAGCCACUGCCGACAAGCCACCCUCUCCUGAGCCUGAAGAACUGUGUAGUCCUGCCCCACAUAGGCAGUGCCACCCACGGAACCCGAAACACCAUGUCCUUGUUGGCAGCUAACAACUUGCUGGCAGGCCUGAGAGGGGAGCCGAUGCCCAGUGAGCUCAAGCUGUAGCCGGCAGCAGACGUUGCCCGAGAUCCUGUCAGCGCACUCAGGCUUGGACCAGACCUGCAGGACAGGAGCCGAGGGAGAAGAAAAACCCAUCUGUGUGGAUUCUGAAGACUGGCGUUGAGACGUGCUUGCCACUUCGGCAACUGGAAACAUCUGAGCCAAAAGUGUCUAAUGCUAUUAAAGAAUUCUUUGA